AUGUCUCUGAUCGUCAAUGUGGCCAAACGGCGACUCAGCGCCUCGGCGACGCAAGCGACGGCGGCUGCAACCAAGCGGACGAAGCCGGUGGGCCACCCCAUCGUGUGGAUUGACUGCGAAAUGACGGGAUUGGACGUCUACAACGACCACAUCAUCGAGAUCUGCUGCCUCAUCACCGACGGCAAUCUCGACCUUCUCGACGAGAAAGGGUACGAGCUGACCGUGUACUACCCGAAGUCGGUGCUUGAUCUGAUGAACGAGUGGUGUGUUAAACAGCACGGCCAGCUGGGGCUCACGCAAAAGAUCCUCGACCACCCCGACCAAACCUUGGAGAAGGUCAACCUGGAGCUCCUCGAGUACGUGAAGACGUACGUGCCCGAACCGAGAACGGCGGUGAUGGCCGGUAACUCGAUCCACAUGGACAAGUUCUUCAUGAUGCGCGAGUUCAAGCCCGUCGUCGACCACUUGCACUACCGGCUCAUCGACGUGCUGCUGAUCCUGGAGUUCGGCAAGAGACACAACCCGGAGUUGAUGAAGUGCACUCCCCGCAAGCGGACGUUGCACACUGCUCGUUCCGACAUUAUCGAGCUGAUCAACCAGCUCAAGUGGUACAGGGAAAACUACUUGAAGCUGGCUGACGAAACCAAGGAAGUGGUGGCCCAAUUUGAGGAUGAACAAAAGAAGGAGCGCGCAGAAAAGGAGCAGGCAGAAAAGGAGCUGAAUGGGGAGAAGCAACUGGCAGAGAAGGAGGCGUCAUCCUAA